AGCCACGUGCGGCAGCGGCGGACCUAGGUGCGGGAGGAUGAGUUCCCAGAGGGGGAACGUGGCCCGCUCACGGCCCCAGAGACAUCAGAACUCGCGAGUUUUCAAAAAUGACAAGUAUGACACAAGCGCCCAGCGCAAGAAAAUCAAUGCAAAGCUUCAUGAUGGAGUGUGUCAGCGCUGUAAGGAGGUCUUGGAGUGGCGUGUAAAAUUCAGCAAAUACAAACCACUAUCAAAACCGAAGAAAUGUGUGAAGUGCCUCCAAAAGACUGUAAAAGAUUCUUACCAUAUUAUUUGUAGAUCUUGUGCUUGUGAAUUAGAAGUCUGUGCUAAAUGUGGAAAGAAAGAAGAAAUUGUAGUUCUGAUCAGUAAAGGACCAGAGAAGAUGGAGAAUGAGACUACUGGAAAUUGCCAAAGAAAGAUCAGUAGAAGAGAAGAGUCAGAGGAAAGUGAUGAACUGGAUUUUGACAUUGACUUAGAUGGCAUGGACGAGAAGAAUCCUGACAUGCUUGAGGAACAUUUUAAAAAUAUGAAGUUUGAAAGGACAGAAGUCUGAAACUGUUCCUGUAGAAUCUUUAUAUGAAAGGCUAAAAGUUCUAAUCUGGAGACUGUACAACUGAAGAAAAAAGUCAAAGUGAUACCUACCUAGUAUUUCCAUUAUGACAGUUAAGUCUGACAUUUGAGUACUUAACACACUAAAAAUAAAUGGAACAUUUAUAUUAGAAUUUUCUCUCAAAAAAUCUUUAUGCAAGAGUGGGAUUCCACAAUAAAAAAAAAUUGUCAAUUUCUGGUAUACAGGGAGUCAUGGAGCCUUUCCACUCCCAGGUCACUGGUUUUAAAAAUCAUCCUGAUUGGAAGUGUCAAACUCACUGUCAUGUGGUAACUAUUCUGUUUGUGCAAAGUGAGUUACAGAUCUCAGGCCAAAAUAUUAUGGACAAAUGGCCGUAUCACAGGAAGGAAAGUUGAACUGUCAAAAAUAAUGCUAAUGAAUGAUUCUGGAGACUAAGCUACUCUCUUAGUCCUGCUAAUAUGCUCCAGAACAGGGUUCUACAGAGUACUGCCACUACCCCCACGCUUGCUGCUCAUUUCGUGUGUAAAUAGAGGAUCUGAAUGCUGUUAUCAUGUGAUGAAGUAGGGGAUUUUUUUGUAUUUUUUUGUGGUUUUCCAAUGGUCUGCACGCAGAGGGAGUGGGUCUUAGUGUCCCUGGGUGUUACUGGUUUAACAGGGUUAGGGGUGGGGGAGUUUUUGUUGUUACAGAGGACCAGAGAGGGAACUUGAGACCCCAGCUGAUGGCCUGGAGGAGGGACACCCCAGCAGCUGGUGACUUGAUGGCCCAGAGACCCAGCUCAGUAGUUGCAGCUGGUUCUGGCCAGUGGGAGGACAAUGGGCUGCAAAGAGAGGACCCCAUGACCUAACCAGCCCGUUUCAGCCAGAGGAGGAGGGAGAGGAGAGGAGGCCCAGACGACCCUGUUUACCUGGAAAGACAGUGGACAGAGGCAGGGCCUG